CUCCAAUGUCAUUCUCGAAUUGACUCCUGUUAUUAUCGGUCUGCACUCAUAUAAGACAACCGAGCAACAUCAGCUUAGAAGCUUCAAGUUCUUCUGCCGCUCUGUUGGCUUAGCUAUCAAAGACAUCGACAAUCCCCUCAUCCAUCUCGACUAGGGAAAGACUCGGCUCUCAGAAAACAUUCGACCCUCAAAACCGACAAAAAGGACACCACAGCCAACCUUUUGCAAGACGAAAGCAGACAGAUAGCAAAGAGAGAGAGAAAAAAAAUGUAUCCAACCACCGCCAAAACCGAGAUCCCCGCUCCUCCACCCAACGAGUCGGUCCUCCUCUCGUACCCGACGCCCAACAUCCUGCUGGUGACCAUCAACCGGGCGCGGCAGAUGAACUCGAUCCCCUUCCCCGUGCACUGGCACCUGCACCGCGUGUUCGAGUGGUUCGACCGCGAGCCGACCCUGCGCGCAGCCAUCAUCACGGGCGCGGGGCCCAAGAGCUUCUGCGCGGGCCAGGACCUGAUCGAGCUGGGCAAGCGCGACCCCAAGGAGCUCGAGGAGAAGCCCUACCUGGCCAUGCACCCCAGCACGGGCUUCGCGGGCAUCAGUCGGCGGCUGGGUAAGAAGCCCAUCAUCGCCGCGGUCAAUGGGUUCGCCUUGGGCGGCGGGUUUGAGAUUGUUUUGAACUGCGACAUGGUCGUCGCCUCCCCGACCGCGACGUUCGGCCUGCCCGAGUCGCUGCGCGGCAUCUACGCCGGCGCGGGCGGGCUGCCGCGCCUGGUGCGCAACGCGGGGCUCCCGAUCGCGUCCGAGGUGUCGAUGACGGGCCGCACGCUGUCGGCCGACGAGGCGCUGCGGUACAACGUGAUCAACCGCAUCUCGGCGACGCGCGAGUCGUGCGUGCCCGAGGCCGUGCAGCUGGCCCAGAAGGUCGCCGACAUCUCGCCCGACGCCAUCGUCGUCACCCGCGCCGCCCUGCGCGAGACCUGGGAGAACGGCUCCGUCGAGCGCGGGUACCAGCUCAUCGACGAGCGCAUGAAGCGCGGCCUCAUGGGCGGCGAGAACGCAAAGGAAGGGCUGGCCGCGUUCAGGGAGAAGAGGAAGCCCGUCUGGAAGGCGUCCAAGUUGUGA